UUGGUUAGACCGAAUGAUAGACGGCAAGAGACGUGCGUGUGUGCAAGAACGAACGACGAACUAACGAACGAACGAACGAACGAACGAACGUACGAACCAACCAACCAACCAACCAACCAACCAACCAACCAACCAACCAACCAACCAAUCAACCAACCAACCAACCAAACAAACAAACAAACAACCAACCAACCAACCAACCAACCAACCAACCUACCUACCACGAAGAUACCUACCAGCGAGCGAACGAGUGAGCGAGCGAGCACUGUGGACGGGCGGGCAGAUGCGUGGGUGGACGACUGUUGUCUUGUGGGCUGUUGCUGCAACUCGGUCAUUGUUCGACAUCGACGGCAAACUAAAUCUACCGGCUAACCCUUCGGAUACGAAACAGGGCACGGGUACACGACGCUCGAUGCCGAACGACGACCGAUAGUGUUGACCCUGAAUUUACAUUGGCAGCUCGGCGGUGGCGGGGUGGGGGCGGGGGGGGGUGGGGGGUUGGAUAGACAAGACUGUCAACGAUCGGACCGGAGAGAUACUCUGGAAAUUCAAGAGCUUGUCUCGCACUGUCUUCGUCGAGGACUUACAACCUGUCCAGCGUCUCGGACUAAGUCAAUCUUGUUGCCAGACCCAGCGCCGCAAACUCGGCCUGGCCAUUGGCGAAUCAAAAGUGGAAGGACGACGAACGGACCAAGUGUGGCGACAAUUAGCCAGACAGCGCCAUGGAAGGCUGAGCGGCAGGAUGGUUGGUAGCGGCGGUGAGUCAGGAUGCGGGAGGAGCAAGCAGAAUGUCACGCUCGGGUCACGGGUCACGUGAGGGGUGUAGCAGAAAUGUGCUCGCGCGAUUCUGCGACCCUCUACCCAACCCUCACAAAAACAAACGGAAAGAAUUCUUGUCCUAAGCAAAAUUGCCAUGACCAGGUCGGCGUAGAUAAUCAUCUACUUCCAACACCCGGGGGACGCCUCAAGUUCUUUAAGGAUGGAAAGUUUAUACUGGAAUUGUCGCAUAGGAUGGAUGGGGAUCGUACCACUUGGUUCCCUGUGCCUAAAAAAACAUUUUGGCCCCCGGCCAGCACUACACCCCAUAGGCACGAAAGCUCUACGUCUCUCAGUGUGUCAGAUGACAAUUCAUCGGUACAAUCGAGCCCCUGGCAACGAGAUCAUUGUUGGAAGCAAGCAGUACCCAGGCGUGGCAUAUCUUCCCAGCUGAGUUUCUACUAUCGUAGAUAUCCGAAGAACCGAUUACCCGUACACCCACGGCUGUUAGCCAAAAAACGGAGGAAUCCCCACAAUCCUGUGUCCUUGACUUUGAACACUGAUACCAAUGCAGUCGUUUCGAAGGUAACCCGUACAAUGAAUGGUACCUUGCCUGGCAAAACUUUAGCGGUCGUUGUGGAUAGGUUGACCCGUCUUUUGGAUCCCAAUGUUGUAUCACCUCGUAAAAGAAUAUUGCGAGAACUAGAACGAGUUACAUUGGGAGAUCACGCUUCGAAGCGCCGAGCAGCUGCUCAGGCACCCACCAUCGCGGCGCAUCCCUCCUCUCCCAAGCAACUGUCGUCUUACAGUAUAACCAGCAUUUUGGGAGAGGAUAAGCCCAGUGAAGAGCCAGGUUUCUUGCGAACCUUACUCAGGCCUGAAGACAAGCAGGUUUUCAAGUAUUCCUUGAGCCACACUUACCCCAGAUUACGUAUGGACAGUUACGUAACACCAGGGGGGGCAACACAGGUUAACCAUCCCAUGUACGGGAUAUCCAUGCUGCCGCCCGGGCCUUGCCGAGCUCCAGCGUGGAUGCCCUAUGUGCCACCUGUCCACUACCCGCAGCCUAUGCCACUCUACGCACCAUCCCUGACCCGGCCACCAUUAUCGAACGUUCGUCGCUACAAAGACUACGGGGAAGAACCGCUUUCACCUUCAGGUGCACAUUUCUACUCGUUCUACAAAAAGCGGAACACUUUGAUAUUGUUCUUAACAAUCAUAUGCCCCUGAAUCUAUCAAAGCACGCAGGUUGAAUCUCGGAACAUGGUGAGCUGGUGCCUUAAAUCCACAAAUGGAACUGCAUGUAUCAACACUGCCUGUGCAACGACAACGUUAUUUUUCUAGUUAUCUGUGAAUUUUUUUGUUUGUAUUUUAUACUUGCCUGCAUGUACUACUCACCUGCGACGUUUUACCCGAUGACUUGCAGUUUGUUUGAAAGUUUCAGAGCAUAACCAAUUCUUGGGAUUGACACAACUAUUUCACUUAACUCAAGCACAUGAAUAAAUGAAUAACGUUUGCGAAAACUGCAGAAAUCGGAAUGCAACAGAGCUGUACUUCGCAGUUCCAUUAAGACAAGGGCACCUUGCCUGAACUAUUCUCCCCAACUUCUGUUCGAAGAUGUGCAUUCGGUAAUUCUGUCGCGCAUUAAUUGAAUGGUAGCAGUUCCAAGUAUCGGUACUAAGAAGUUAAUUGUCGCGCUACAUGCUCACGCCCUGUAUUUACUUCUUUCGAUACACAGACUUGGUAAAUGUACAAAUUUGCAUAAGGGCGUUCGCUUAUGCGCGACAACGCAGUCAAUUGCUGGGAAGUAGUUGUCACGUAUUCAAACUUAUCUAUUGGUCAUCCAAUUCCAAAACUGCUCUCUCCCACGUAUACCAAGUCCAAUACUAAAGUAGAAAAACGCUUGUUUAAAAACAGUUUCGGCGUUGUUACAAUUUUGUCGUACAAUGAAAAUGCUGCGGGGACACUGUUUUAAUUGACCAUAUGUCAUCCGCAUCUUCCUCUGAGCACUAUUUUGUUAUUACUAUUACCUUUGAUCGGCAUUGUUAUUACUAUCAUUAUCAUUCUACUACUACGAAUAUUACAAUUACUAGCUUGUUGUUGUUGUUGUUAUUAUUAUUAUUAUUAUUAUUAUUACUAUUACUACUACUACGACUACUACUAUUAUUACUGUCGUCUUCGUCGUCGUCAUGCAAACGAAACAUGUCUCAAAGUAUAGGUUUGUGCGCGGUAAAUGGUGAUAAUGACAUAAAUUCAUGUACAGUACAGAUAUUACCUAUAUCUAGAAUAUUAAUAUUAGAUUUAGAGCGAAUUAUAGAUUUAGUUACUUCAAGGCAUUCAUUCAUCAGCAAAUUAUAUUUAUACCUAUACUAGUACAGUAACAGAGAAUGAAGAUUCGGUAGUGACGAGCGUGGAGUGUGCCUUAAACUGUGAAAAAAAAACAACAGAGUCUAAAAAAUUGUGCUCCUUCUUCCCUGUCUUCGAAAAACUACAAAACAAGUUUGAUACGCUAUAUCUCACAUGCUACAUCAUAAUGCAAAUACAUAUACAUAAUAAUUAUGUAAAUACAUAUGCGUUAUUCGGCGUCAACCACGUAAAUUCGUGCAUGCAUCUUACCUAUAAAACAUUACUAUUUAUUUUUACGUAUUACGCUGAAAGUGAAAAAGGCAAGCUCGCCCAGGCUCCAAUAAUUAAUUUUAAUCUUUAUUAUUAUAUCACAUGGAAUUUCGUAGCGAUGAGAAAAUAUACGUAUGUGUGUAUACGCGCGCGCGCGCACGUGCAUGCAUACACACACACACACACAUAGGUAUAUAGACAUACAUUACAAUUUAGUUGUAUGAGUACAAGCUGCGAGCAAUUGUAUAGAAAGACUAAUUUCAUAAAUAUUAAUAUUUCGUA